AUAUUAUCUAUAUAACCUUCGUUCUCUCGGGUAUCGUUCUCUUGAAAUCGAUUGCUUCGGAGAACUAAUCAAACCUCACCAAACCCUAGACGACGGCGUAGACGAAGAGGAAGACAACCAUGGUCCUGAUCAUGGGCGAUGUGUAACAAAUCUCGACCGAGCCCUCAAGGAUUUCAUUUCGGAUCGUGCAAGAGUGUGAACGCGAUCCGACGCGCUCCUAAGUCAUGAGGCCGAUUCAAUCGCCACCUGGAGUUGCCGCUGCUGGUCGGAGCCGUCCCCGGAAGCGGCCGGACCUGACCUUGCCGCUCCCGCAGCGCGACGUGUCCCUCGCCGUGCCUCUCCCUCUCCCCCCGACAUCCGGCGGCUCGGCGCCUUCGUCUGGUGGAUCUGUGUCGGAGGCGGCGAACAGCAAUAGCUUCUCCGCCGCGAGCAGCUUUUCGGAGCUGGAGCGUGUGAACCGGAUCGGCAGCGGCGCCGGCGGAACGGUUUACAAGGUGAUCCACAAGUCGACUUCGAGGCUCUACGCUCUCAAGGUGAUCUACGGGAACCACGAGGAAAUGGUUCGUCGCCAGAUCCGUAGGGAGAUCGAUAUCCUUUGCGGCGUGGACCACCCAAACGUGGUGAAAUGUCAUAAAAUGUUCGACCUCAACGGCGAGAUCCAGGUUCUGCUCGAGUUCAUGGAUAAAGGGUCCUUAGAAGGCGUCCAUGUUUGGCAGGAGCAGCAGCUCGCGGACAUUUCCCGGCAAGUUCUCAGCGGCUUGACUUAUCUCCAUCGCCGCCGCAUUGUCCACCGCGACAUCAAGCCAUCGAAUCUCCUCAUAAACUCCGCCAAAAACGUGAAGAUCGCCGACUUUGGAGUGAGCCGGAUCCUUUCCCAGACCAUGGAUCCGUGCAAUUCAUCGGUGGGAACCAUUGCUUACAUGAGCCCCGAGCGGAUUAACACCGACCUUAAUCAAGGGCAGUACGACGGAUACGCUGGGGACAUAUGGAGCUUGGGUGUUAGCAUUCUAGAGUUCUACUUGGGGAGAUUCCCUUUCGCCGUUGGCCGACAAGGCGACUGGGCAAGUCUCAUGUGCGCCAUUUGCUUAUCUCAGCCACCGGAGGCUCCGCCGUCGGCUUCGCCGGAGUUCCGAGACUUCAUCUCGUGUUGCAUGCAGAGAGAUCCGGCGAAGAGGUGGAGCGCGCAGCAGCUCUUGCAGCAUCCCUUCAUACUGAGAGCAAGUGGAGCCCAAAAGCAGCAUCCUCCUAAUCUUCACCAACUCUUGCCUCCUCCUCGUCCUCUGUCUUCAUCCUCAUCUCCGGCAUCGUAGUGUUUUGUCCCUUACCUUUUCAUACCUCUUGUCUAUCUUUCCCAUUCCUGGCAAUUUUACGCAAAUUCUCCAUGCCCGAGUAAAAAGUAUUGAAUAGGGAGGAAGAGUUGGAAGUGAAAAUCCGUGGAAUGGAAGAGGAUAUAUUAUUAGGGGAUUUCAUGUCAUAGGGUUUAUUGAUAAUUUGAUACUUUUAAGAGUUACAUCAGUUGACCAAAUCUUAUUUUACCUUUCGGUAAUGUUUUGCUAGAAAGGGAAGGACACCAAAGAAUCCUUCUGUUCAUGAUGGAAAUGACGUUGCCUGGAUUCGAUUUAGCGUUGAUAUUUCAAACCAGGAAAUACUGGAGGAUCUUCCAUUUUGUUGAAAUUCCAUAAAAGUUUUCCCAUUUGUGUUUCAUUAUUUGGUGUGAGGAAUCAUUUUGAGGCUAUUGCUGUGGGAAAAGGUUUGCUCUUGUGUUACCAUUUAUGGUAAAUGCCUUGGGCUAGAUUUUUCAUUAAUGUUCUAAUUUCUUCGGUGAAAAGCAACGCUUCUUUAUGGCCCUCCGUCUGGCGAAAUCUUGCGGUUCUGUAGCAGUUGGUAGAAAAGCAAUCUUUACGCAGAAUGCAUUCAUCUGUUUGUGUUACUGAGCGCUCAUGACUGGAUUUUGUCAUCCUUAUGCUUGCAUUUAAUUUCAUUUUGUGUAUGUUGUCUUGUCCUGGUUGUGAACUGUAUAUGUAGAAUUGCCUUGAUGUUAGAAAAUGAUUAAUGGAUAGUUCUUUCACCAAGUUGUGUAUUCUAGGGCAAUCAGUUGAGGUCCCUAGACGUCCUGCGCGAGUGUCCCUAUUCAGGUGCUAAACUCUAAACCUCAUCUUACCAUAUAUUAUUGAUGACUAGGAUUUAGCUGUUUCGCUAAUGUUCUGAUUACUUUGGUGAAGUUAAUGCUUAUAUAUGACCCAAUGAUGGACAACAUUUUGUGAUUCUCUAGCAGUUUGUCAGAAAGCAAUGUAUUACUCAGAAUGCACAUAAAUCUGUGCAUGCAUAACUGGAUUUUUUUUCCUUCCUUUGUUUCCGCCUAGUUUCUUUUUGCCUAUCCUGUAAAAUGGUUACACGCUCUGUAUGAACAGUGUUGUUUUCUUAUGUUGGAAUAUGCUUAUUCCAUAGACGUUAUUUUCCGAGUAGUAGUCUAGAUCAAAGGGGAGCCUUGGCACAUUGGUUAAGGUGUUGCCAUUGUGAUCUAGAAAUCACUGGUUCAAGUCGUGGAAGUAGCCCCUUGCAAAAUAUUCUACAAGAUAAGGUUCACCUGCAAUACACCUUUUUGGUGGAACCCUUCCUCAGACCCCGCUCAACGGAAUGCUUUGUGCACCGGGCGGCAGAGUAAAGCAAAAGUUACAGAUACAUGAGCUCGAAUCUCUGAGUCAGCACCUGGAGGAAGAGGAACCUGAAAGG